AUGUCAGCUGUAGAUCCAGGUAGCAAUGUCAAAGCUGUUGUCAAUGGUGGAUCUGCCAUUGCCAUUGCCGGCCUUUUGCGCAACCAUCAGGAACUGAAGCAGAGGCAGGGACUAUUCCAAGGCAAACAGACGGACUUCUUCCGUUACAAGAGAUUCGCGAGGGCACUGCAUUCCGAGGAGUAUGUCAACAAGUCUGCGAGACAGCCAGAGGUGUACCCAUCUGUGCCCUCAAGCAAGAUCGAGGGCCAACUCAAGUCACGUGAGAUCUUCAUUGAACUUAUAAAGGCACAGCUGGUGAUCCCAGUGAAAAAACUGCACAGUCAAGAAUGCAAAGAGCACGGAUUGAAACCAAGUAAGGACUUUCCCAACUUGAUUGUAUCGAACAAAGCACAAUUGGAGGCCGAUGAGUAUUUCGUUUGGAACUACAACCCCAGAACCUACAUGGACUACGUUAUUGUGAUUGGUGUUGUGUCCAUAAUAUUGGCGCUUGUGUGCUACCCAUUGUGGCCGCGGUCCAUGAGACGCGGCUCCUACUACGUAUCCCUGGGUGCCUUUGGCAUCUUGGCAGGCUUCUUCGCCGUCGCUAUUCUAAGAUUGAUUAUAUAUGUUUUGUCGUUGGUUGCGUACAGAGAUGUAGGCGGGUUCUGGAUAUUCCCCAACCUGUUCGAAGACUGCGGUGUGUUAGAGAGUUUCAAGCCAUUUUACGGGUUUGGAGAAAAGGACACAUACAGCUACAAAAAGAAACUAAAAAGAAUGAAGAAAAAACAAGCCAAGAGAGAAAGUAAUAAGAAGAAAGCUAUCGAUGAGAAAACCGAACAAAACUAA